AUGCAGUCCCUUGUGACGCCCUUCGGAGCAAGCUACUACUUCUCCUCCAAAUCCUUGACCGUCGACGUCUAUCAAGGACUGGUGGAUCGCGGUUGGAGACGAUCCGGGACUGUCUUCUACAAGCCGGACGUACUGCGUCACUGCUGCCCUCACUAUACUAUACGACUGCCCGUGGCAUCUUUUGCACCCACCAGAGACCAUCGACAAGUCAUCAACCGCUGGAACAGGUUCGUGCUUGGAGACGAGUACUCGAAAGAGGCCGCCAAGCUAUACCCUAAAUCGAAAGCGGACAAGGCCAAGCAACGUAACGGCUUCGACCUACCUGGCGCGGUACACGAGAGUGAGUAUGGCAACAUCAAGCGGCCGCCGGAACCUGCACAUCGCUUCGAGGUGACACUCGAAGAAGACAAGUUCACAAAGGAGAAGUAUGAACUCUUUUCAAACUACCAGCAGCACGUGCACCACGAGAAGCCCUCGGAGAUAUCACAAAGCGGCUUCAAGCGCUUCCUCUGCGAAUCACCGUUGCAGCGACGAACGGCACAAGUGAACGGAAAGAUGCAGCAGCUUGGGUCGUACCACCAAUGCUAUCGACUUGACGGCCGUCUCGUUGCAAUGGGCGUCUUAGACCUGCUGCCCCACUGCGUCAGCGGUGUCUACUUCCUCUACCAUUCAGACUUUGAAAAGUGGAGCUUCGGUAAGCUGAGCGCUCUUCGCGAGGCAACGCUAGCUUUAGAAGGUGGAUACCAGUACUACUAUAUGGGUUACUACAUUCAUUCAUGCGUCAAGAUGAGAUACAAGGGCGAAUAUCGGCCUCAAUAUGUGUUGGAUCCAGAAUCUCUGACCUGGGAUCCUUUGGAGGGCGAACUCCGCGCACUUCUCGACAAGAAACGUUAUGUCUCUCUGUCGAGAGAGCGACGGCUGAAGGAAGCAGUCCAAGGCACCGGUGAUGAUGCUGUAGAGCCCUCGCAGAACGAGACAGAGCCUGACCCUUGUUCCGAUUUCCCGUAUCCCACCGCAAAGGAAGCCAGUGACGCGGUGAGCGAUGGCGUCUCACUGUUCGACUUGAAAAUACCCGGUGUGAUGACCGAAGACGAGAUCAAGCAGCAUCCGCUGGGAGAGCAACGUAUCUCAGGCCGGAAUCAGAUAUUCGUAGCAGAGGAUCUCAUGGCUUGGGAAGGUGGUGAUAUCCGCGACAGGUCUUUCAAAGGCAUCACGGCUGAGGUCGUUGCGGUCCUGGGCCCAGAUGUUGCGAAGCAAGUCAUCAUAGGCUUCGGAUAG